AAUAUUAUAUAUUAUAUAGUUUGGGGUAUAAAAUAAAGUCCUAAAAUGUCUUUUCACGCGUCUAUGGCGGCUACCUUCCAUAUGCCAAAGAAGACUGAUGAAAACUGAAAUUCAAACUUUACAAUGUUUCAAACUCUGACCAAAACACAAAUUCUAUAGUCCUUUUAAUCUUUUUUUUUUUUUUUAAUCUUUUUAUUCCUUUUUGUUUUUAUAAUUAAUGACUUUGGUCUUAUCAUAAUGGACAAUUCUUUGAUUUUACACAUUCGUUGAUUUAUAUUCUUAGCCUAUCUUUGCCCCAACUCCCAUUAAUAUCAAGAUGAGAAGAGUUUCCUAUAGGCUGCUUGCUUAUGCAAAAACUGUCAUCUUCUCUAUCAUAUUAGCUGCUGCUAUAAUCUUUAUUUUCUCUGCAGACUGUUUCAUCUAUAAGGAGGAAUAUAAGAGAAUUGUAGGGGUUUCAGAGAUUCAUACAUUUGAAACAACAAUAAGGUCAUCUUUUGGUGGCUUUGGUUGGCACUCUACACGGGAAAAUAUUGAUGAAGUUCGUAUUGAUGAACUAAAUUCUUUGGUUGCUCCUUUCAAUGUUACAGAAGAAGAAAGAAUUAUAUGGUUCAAGAGGAAGUUGCCGGGACUAGAGAUUUUCAAGUCAAAUGAAUUGACCCGGCAAUUUCAUAGUCGAGUUCUUGAAUUUUUUGACCAAAAAUGUGAUGUUCAAUUCUUCAUGACAUGGAUCUCACCUGUGUCAUCCUUUGGAAGAAGAGAGUUCCUGGCUAUGGACAGCCUUUUCAAAGUCCACCCUAAUGGAUGCUUAAUGAUUCUGUCAGGAACUAUGGAUUCUAUACAAGGGUACAGGAUCCUGAAACCACUGGUUGAUGUUGGGUUCAAAGUAGCUGCGGUUACACCUGACUUGCAAUUCCUAUUCAAGAACACCCCAGCAGAAAUUUGGCUUCAGGAGAUGAUGAGCGGGAACAAAGAUCCUGGUGAAAUUCCAUUGUCUCAGAAUCUUUCCAAUCUUAUUAGACUUGCUGUUAUAUACAAGUAUGGAGGUAUUUAUAUUGACACAGAUUUCAUCUUCCUGAAAAGUUUCAAGGGGCUAAGAAAUUCAAUUGGAGCACAAAGUAUUGAUGCAGUUUCAAGAAACUGGACCAGGUUGAAUAAUGCAGUUCUGGUCUUUGAUAAGAAUCAUCCGCUUAUGUACAAGUUUAUAGAGGAAUUUGCUGCAACUUUUGAUGGAAAUAAAUGGGGGCACAAUGGACCCUAUUUGGUAUCUAGAGUUGUUGCAAGAGUGGCAGGACGACCUGAAUAUAAUAACUUCACAGUCUUGCCGCCGAAAGCGUUCUACCCAGUAGAUUGGAAUAGGAUAGGAGGAUUUUUCAAGAAACCAGAGGAUCAGGCUGCUUCAAGAUGGGUAAAAGCUAAGCUGCUUCAGCUUAGUGGAGAGACUUAUGGUUUGCACUUAUGGAACAAGCAAAGCUGUAGAAUCCGCAUUGAAGAAGGAAGUGUCAUGGCUGGAUUAAUCUCUGAUCAUUGUGUAAUUUGUGAAUAUGAUUACAGCUCUUAAAGGGAGAAAUCCAGAAGUCGAAGUCGCAUACAGAUGUCAGAGAGGAGUCCGAUACUGAUUGAAAGAUGAGUAUAUAUUUUUCUGUUGCUUGAAAAUGCACUCAUUUCUUUGUUUAUCUUGACGAUUGAUUUAUAUCUUUCAUUUAUUGAUUUCAAUUUUUUCCUGGAAUCUUUGAUCCUAGUGUACAUAUGGCUACCAUUUGAUAGCAAAAUGAAACAAUCGAAAAGAGUUGAAUUA